AUGUCUGAUUUGCGUACCUUUGAUGCAGCUAGUCGGGGGCUUUUUGGCAGUGCCGCGCUGAUUUGGGAUUUACGUGCAAGGCAUUUUGCUGUCCCAGGAAGUCUUGCCGUCAUUCUUGCGAUCGCCUUCGAUCCCUUCACCCAAAACCUUCUUCACUAUUAUCCUAAGCUCACACCCGAUGCCUCGCAAAUAGCGAUUGUAUCAAAUAACUCUGUGUACGACGUCGUCGGUUCACAACUUGGCCUAGAUGGAGAGGCUUAUGUAGACCCAACACUAAAAGCCAACGUUUACAAUUCAAUAUUCAACAAUGACCCAUCAAAGCCAUGGUCAAUUCCUAACUAUACCUGCGGCACUGGAAACUGCACCUGGGAUCCAAUCACUUCACUGGGAAUGCAAGCAGUUUGUUCCGACGUCACAAAGUAUUUGGACUUUCAAUGCCAUACUAUUACAAAUGAUACAGCUGAUCUGGCAAUGGUCGGAGAACGCAAUUGUUCUAUCCAUCUUCGAUUCAAUUCCUCGACAAGCACAAUCUCCGCCAAUUACAUAGAAAACGGACCAGUCGCAACUGCGGUCGUUGCAGGACCCGGCGGAGUCUCUAUUAUUCAAGAAGAUUCCCCUUUUUACCAUGUCCAGAUUAUCGCACCUGAUCAGUCCAUCAAUGAAGUUGACGUAUUUACAAAUUCGACUAAAUGGCAAGCAUUGGAAUGCGCCCUGCAACCCAUAGUCCGAAGAUUUCGCCCAUCAGUUACUGGGGGUAUCUAUCAUGAAGAUACAUUAUCUGUCUGGAAAAACCGCUCUGCCAACCAAGAUCUGGAUGGGUACUCUCUCAGCCCCCCUUGGGGACCAGAAAUGGGCAUUGAGAAGAACACAACCUUCAUGAUAACAUUUGAAGCAAUACGUGCGAUGGACCCUUUUAUGUAUUUCUUUGCCGGUAGCGUCGAGUCAGCUCUUGGUCGCAUUACAUUUAUUCCAGUCGAAGGGUAUGCUACCUACGCCAGCGCUGAUUUCAUGCAAGCCAUUGCAGUCUCGAAUAUCACCGGCUGUACGGCCACUGGCUCCGAAAGGCUCCGUUGUGCUAUGGAGAAUGCGGCUGCUGCGAUGUCAAAAACCUUUCGAGAUUCGACGCCCUCUGCGGCAGAUAGUCAAGGGGCAAAGUCUUCAACUCUGGGUCAUGCUAUGUCGAAUACGACGUAUGUGACCGUGCAUUGGCAAUGGAUUUCUCUCCCUAUUCUGGUAUGGCUGCUAGGUAUCAUUACCUUAGUGGGUACUAUUUUGCGGAGUCGAAGAGCCGUGGUUCCCACAUGGAAAAACGAUGUGAUGCCAUUGUUAUUCAUCUACGAAGGUGGUCAGGAUGAACAGCUUUUACCUGAUGGAGAACUUGAAAAUGAAAAGAGAGUGAGGUUACAUGAUUUCGAGGGUAGGGUUUGGCUAGCUGAAUGA